CGCCGGACACCUCUGGCAGGGCGCUCUGUGAUUGGCUGUCGCUCUCCAUCCGGGUACUUUGCGCAGUUGCAGCUCGUUCGCCUAGAGGUACCAAUAUGGCGGAGGCUUCGUUUGACAGUUCGAGCCCAGAUAACUACUGAAGCAUAUCACAAUGAAAUAUUCAAUCAGAAUGACAAAGAGAAAGUAAAGUUGGCUCUCUGUCAUCGGAAGAUCAUGACUUUGACCCUACAGCUGAAAUGUUGGUACAUGACUAUGAUGAUGAGAGAACUCUCGAAGAGGAAGAAAUGAAGGAGGACGGCAAAAACUUUAGCUCCGAAAUUGAAGAUUUAGAAAAGGAAGGAAACAUGCCAUUGGAGGAUUUACUAGCAAUUUACGUGUAUGAGCCCGCAGAUCCAGUACUGGCAGGAUCUAGUGCGGGAAGCUCCCCAAGUGAGCUGGCUGAUGAACUGCCAGAUAUGACGUUGGAUAAAGAGGAAAUUGCAAAGGACCUUUUGUCUGGUGAUGAUGAAGAAACCCAAUCUUCUGCGGAUGACUUAACGCCAUCUGUAACGUCACACGAAGCAACAGACUUUUUUCCACGCCCCUUAAGAUCAAACACUGCAUGUGAUGGAGAUAAGGAGUCAGAAAGUGAGGAUUUGGAAACAGAUUUUGGGAACACUUCAGAGGACUUAAGAAAGGAAAUCAUGAUUGGUCCCCACCACCAAGCAGAUAUCCCACCUUUUCUGGGACACUACCUGGCAGAUUUAUCAGUAUAUGAAAAUGAAGACCAGUUGGUUUGGAGUCCGGAUGUCCUUCCAGAAAGCAAAGUAGAAGAAUAUCUAUUGGAAACCAGAAUUGAUAAUAAGAGGGCCAUGGGCAGGGUGUCUGAUGGAAUGAUCAUUAAGGACGAUGAACAGGCCUUGCACGAACUCUUCAAAUGUCAGUAUGAUAUCCGAAUGGCCAUGGAAAGAUUCUGUAGUAGAAGAAUGUUAAACGAUGAUGUCCGACCAUGGACUGAGGACGAAUGUAGGAAUUUUGAACAUGCACUUGUAAUACAUGGGAAGGAUUUUCACCUAAUACAGAAAAACAAGGUGAGAACACGGACAGUAGCAGAAUGUGUCGCGUUCUAUUACAUCUGGAAAAAAUCCGAGCGAUACGAUAACUUCGCUCAGCAAACAAGGUUCGGAAAGAAGAGAUAUCACCAUCACCCUGGAGUAACGGAUUACAUGGACCGAUUGGUAGACGAAGCAGAGGUCCUGGGAGGCUCAGAAAAUCCAUCAGCAUUAACCUGCCAAAACCGAUCAGACCCCCUCCCUGACUCCCAAUUGAACCUCCUGAACUCCAUCACUGCAAAUGAUCUGACAGCGCUGACUCACAGUGUAGCGACGGUCUGCAAUAAUACAGAUGUGAACUGCUUGAAUGAUGGCUUCCCCGCAUUGGACACCUUGUCCCGGGCCCCGGUAAAUCAUGUGCCUGUUGGAACGGAAGACUUGCUGUCGUUGCCCACCAAUGGGGAAAGUGAUUGUUUUAACUUAUUUGAGACUGGAUUUUAUCCUCCCGAACUGAACACAGUGAGCAUAUGCAACGAGGAAGGCGAGAGGCCAGCAAAGAGGAUAAAAAUGGGCAUCUCUGUGCCCGAAUCCUUCAUGAAUGACGUUUCUGUAAAUAACUUGGGUGUGGACUUUGAGAACCAUACACACCAUAUCACCAGUGCCAAAAUGGCCGUAUCUGUGGCAGACUUUAGCAGUUUAUCUGCGAACGAGACAAACAGUUUUAUAAGUUCACACACACUACACCACACAGCCCUACAGUCAGAGUGACUCCACCUUUAUUGGCCCCUUCUGACAAAACAGAGGGGGGGGGGGGAGGGGCAAAGACGCCGAAAUCUGAUCAUAAACUUCGGGUUUGCUUAGUCUUUCACUGGAAGUUUGAACUUUUUUUUGCUAUGACAUCAGUGAUGUCUUUGUAUGUAAAGAACUAUAUCUUGAUUUUUGUCAAGAAUUAACUUCAUUUUGGUCCAUUAAUGUGGAAACAGACAAUUGGUCACCAGAGUCGGGAACUCAGAUAAUGUUCUGGGGAAGCAGCUUUAGGCUUAAUAUUAUUUUUUUAAGUUUAGUUUAAAAUCUGUAGAUAAUCGGGUCUCCAUCUCUUAAAAGCCAGCACAGGUUCCAAGUCGCACAGGUUGUCAGCUUCAGCAGCGAGAGCAGCGGGAAACCAAUGUUUACAGGUACCAGUCCGAUCCCCGCUUAAUGUAGCAUUUUCAUUUGAAUUCUUUUUUUUUUUUCUAGCAGGAUCGACGUAGUCUACUCCGAACUACACAAAGCACCCGGCAUGAUGGUUAUUUUUUUUUUUAUUUUUUUUUUUUUAAGGCACCAUCUCAUAAGAGAUGCAUACAAGCACUUGUGCAUUAAAGGGGUACUCCACUGGAAAACUUUAUU